AUGGCCGCAUCCGGCAGCCUCGCCCAUGGCCGCCGCUACAGCACCUCUCCAGACUUGUCAGACCCCCCUUCAGUGCUUUCCGCACCAAACUCUCCUCAGCCCGGCACGAAGCUAAAAAAUGGCAGACAAGUCGAUGAGAUUGUCGUCGUGCACAACCCCGAAAACAUCCGCUACGGCCCGGACGGCCUGCCCAUGCUCACCAAGAAUGGCGUCCCCCGCAGGAAGCCUGGCCCCAAGCCCGGUACCACCCUGAAGCGUCAGAGCAACCAGCACGAAGACGGCACCGAAAAAAUCAAGAAGCCUCGCAAGCCAAAGGACCCCAAUGCCCUCCCCGUCCAGCGUAAGCGCAAGAACGCCUCUUCGGAUCCAGAUGGCAGUGAGUCAAGAUCACGGGCCGCUAGUCUCGGUCCCGGGUUUGGCGGCGCUGCCGCGCAGCAAGUACACAAGUUCGCCGAUGACGACCGUGGAACUACCCUGGGCCGGCUCGAGCACAAUGCGCAGCAACUUCCCAAGCGCGAAUCUCUACCUGGCUCAAUGUCAAAAAUUCUCAACGCGGACCCCGAGCCCGUCUCUCGUUCACCUCAACAGAGCGCGCCCCCGCCUCGAAUCAGCGGCACCGCGUACGACCCGAUACGAUCCAACAACUACGACCCUAUCCGAGGCACCUACUCUAGCUCGAUGGGCUCUCCGCGCGCGCCCGGGACCGCGACAGCCAAUCGCGCCAGUGCCUCGCCGUCAAUUUCCAGCCUCGUCGACCCGGUGCCCGUGUUCAACUAUGGGGCCCACGUACCUAGCACAUACCAAGCGCCGUUAUCGAAUUUCUUCCCUAAUGCCAAGGUCAACAAGGCACCGGAACCUUCGUCAGUACCCGCAUCACCCGAUCCUGUACGAAAAGACUUCACGGCCGUCACGACACAACCGAAACCCAUAUCCGAGCUCGGAAAACCAGCCACAGUCGCGUCAGCAAAGAUUGAGAUUCGGCCUCAGUCCAUAACGACAAUUGGUGCUGCCUCGGCGAAACGGGCCUCUUCUAAAGAAAUCAGCACGGCAUCUUCACCCAAAGAGGGUCCUGGAGGGGCAGAGCGCUCCAUUCUUGACUUUGGCAAGGCCGAGCCUGGCUCUGAACUGAUUGCGCCUUCCAUCGUGCUCAACAUUCCUUUGGCAAUCGGCGAGAACAACAAGUACGUCAACUUUAUGCGGAUGGCAGAGGAGCAAUACGGUUGGGACGCACUGCACCCACGGCAGGCCGAGGCCAAGGCCAGGAAGGCGCGUAUCGCCGCGGCUUCUGCUGCCUUGGCACAAAACGACUCAAGCCGGGAGGGCGACGAGAUGUCCGUGGACGAAUCCGACAAUGACGAUUCCAACAUUGAGAUGGGUGGCACGAGUGGUCCGGACAAGCCUGAUGGCAAACCCAUCAAGAAGAAGAAGAGGCAUUUCAAGGAGGACGAAUAUGAUAGGGACGACGACUUUGUGGACGACUCGGAAAUGCUCUGGGAGGAACAGGCUGCCGCCAGCCGUGAUGGCUUCUUCGUAUACUCUGGGCCGUUGGUGCCAGAGCCCGUCAAAGAGCCAUCCGGAAAGCGCGAUGGGUUGCCCAAGAGGGGACGUGGUUCACGUGGUGGACGCGGCGGUGCUCGUGGCGCAGGAACGGGCACAGGUCGUGGUCGUGGAGGCGGCCCUGGCUCCCGAGGUGGUGUUGUGAGAAAGCCGCGGAUGACCAAGGCUGACAAGGCUCAGCUGGAGAAGGAGAAGGCUGACCGAGAAGCCACUCUCUCCAAGACACCAAACAGCGCCGGAGCUCAGAACAUCCUGAACCCCGGCAGCCCCCAAUUUGCUGGACUGUAG